CUUCCUAAAAUGAGACUCUGGGGAGUCCUGGCAUUCCUGGUCCCCUUCAUCUUCCCGUGGGGCAUCUGGGAACCUGAGCUAGCAGAGGGGUUCUUUGUCGAGUUAUGCCCAAGAGACAGAGUAAAGUGUGAAAUCGAAGAAAGCAGCCACUGCACAAGGAUCAGAAAGUGCCCAGACAACAGGAAAUGCUGCAUGUUCGCGUGUGGGAAGAAAUGCGUGGACCCCACCGAAGAUGUAUGCAGUCUGCCACAGGAGCCUGGGCCCUGCAUGGCUUACCUUCCACGCUGGUGGUAUGAUAUAGAAACUAAUACCUGUACUCAAUUCAUCUAUGGUGGUUGCCAAGGGAAUCUUAACAGCUUCCAAACUGAAGAUGUCUGUGCAGCCAUCUGUAAAAGGAAACGUAAGUGCUAA